UAGGAGCAACCUUCCUUUCCCCUUUGAUUUUGUGAAUGGCGACCAGGCUUUCUCCACACGCCAUAUCCUUACUUAUACUGCUUCUUUCUCUGCAAAGUUCUCCAUCUCAUGCAUCUGAUACCCUCACAGCAAACCAGCGGCUCUCUGGGAACCAGAAGUUGAUCUCUCAGGAUGGCAAUUUUGUGCUAGGAUUCUUUCAGCCUGCAGUGGAAGGAUCAGAUGGCAAGUGGUACAUAGGUAUUUGGUACAAUAAAAUCCCAGGACAAAUUUCAGUGUGGGUGGCUAACAGAGAGAAACCAGUCUCUGAUCCAGUCUCAUCAAGCCUAAUCAUCUCAGAUGAUGGAAACCUUGUUAUUCUAUCUAAUCAUUCUGAAUCUCCAAUGUGGUCUACCAACAUUAAAAACAACAAACCUGCUAAUUCCACAAUCGCCGUGCUCCUCAACACCGGGAACCUUGUACUCAGACAUGGCUCAAAUAGCUCCGUUGAACUAUGGCAAAGUUUUGACGAUAUCAUAGACACAUGGCUCCCAGGAAACAAGCUCAGCCGCAACAAGAAAACCGGUAUUGUCAAACGGAUGACCUCUUGGAAAGACCGAGGGGACCCAACGCCUGGAAUGUUCUCUAUUGGGUUGGAUCCAAACGGCUCAACACAAUAUGUCCUCCUAUGGAACAGUUCAGUUGUUUACUGGGCUUCUGGUAACUGGACUGGCAAUUCAUUUAGUGGUGUGCCAGAAUUAUCACCUACCAAUUCAUAUCCGAACUCAGGAUACACAUUCCAGUUUGUUGAGAAUGAUGAGGAAACAUACUUCACGUACACUGUAAAGAGUGAUGUACAAAUAUUUACUAGAGCUAUCAUUGAUGUCUCAGGUUUGUUCCAGGCUUUUGUAUGGAUGGAGGCAGCACAAGCAUGGGUGACUUUUUUCACGCAACCAAAAGCAAAGUGCAGUGUCUAUGGAAUGUGUGGGGAAAGCAGCAUGUGCAGUGAGAAUGCUGCGUCAUCAUGCAGUUGCCUCAAGGGCUUCACUGAGAAUAACCCAAACAACUGGAUAUUAAAUGACAAUACAGCAGGUUGUAGGAGAAAUGUUCCAUUGAAAUGUGUGAAUAAUAGCACUGUGACGAAGCAAGAUAGAUUCUACUUGAUUAAUAAUGUGGAAUUGCCUGAUGGUGCACACAUCGUCGAUGCUGCCAAUAUUCAUGAUUGCGAGUUAAUUUGCCUCAGCAAUUGCUCUUGCAAAGCUUACUCACAUAAUGGAACAUACUUGGUUUGGCACGAUCAUUUGAUGAACCUACAAGACAGUACUGGUGGAUCAAGUGAUAGAAUCUUUAUUAGAUUGGAUGCAUCAGAAAUACCUAAUUCAGGAACAAAGAAAUGGUGGAUCAUGUGUAUAAUCAUCGGUGGAUUUAUCAUUCUAAGCUUGGGGAUAACCAUCGUAUAUUUUCUCUAUAAAAGAAGUAGAAUUUGUAGUAUAAAUCAAGGUGACGGGCCUUUGAUUAGUUUCAAAUAUAGUGAUCUGCAGUUUCUAACAAGAAACUUCUCAGAAAGGUUGGGCGCAGGGUCUUUUGGCACUGUUUUCAAAGGGGUUCUACCAGACACAACUACAGUGGCAGUCAAAAAGCUAGAGGGCUUUCGUCAGGGGGAGAAGCAGUUCAGGGCUGAGGUGAGCACCAUUGGAAACAUUCAUCAUAUGAACUUGAUCCGGUUGCUUGGGUUUUGUUCUGAAGGAGCAAAGAGAUUACUAGUCUAUGAGUAUAUGCCCAAUGGUUCACUUGAUAAACAUCUAUUUGAUAGUGGUUCUGUCACUUUGAGUUGGAAAAUAAAACACCAAAUCGCUGUAGGGAUUGCCAAGGGUUUGGCUUAUCUGCAUGAGGAAUGUCGGGAUUGCAUCAUACAUUGCGACAUCAAGCCACAGAAUAUAUUGUUGGAUGCUUCAUUUAUUCCAAAAGUGGCAGACUUUGGAUUGGCAAAAUUACUAGGGCGGGAUUUUAGCAGAGUUUUAACGUCUAUGAGAGGCACCAUAGGAUAUCUUGCACCAGAAUGGAUAAGUGGUGAAGCCAUCACAACAAAGGCAGACGUCUUCAGCUAUGGAAUGAUGCUUUUUGAGAUCAUAUCAGGAAAGAGGAAUCUGGAGCAUGCGGAAACAAGCACGGGAAUAUUGUUUCCUGUGUUAGUUGCGAGGAAGCUUCUUGAAGGAGAAGUACAGACAUUGUUUAGCUCUGAGUUGACCAAUGGUGUCAGUGUAGAGCUAGAAAGAGCGUGCAAGGUUGCUUGUUGGUGUGUUCAAGAUAGUGAAAGUUCCAGACCAACAAUGGGGGAAGUUGUCAAAAUUCUGGAAGGGUUGGUAGAUGUUGAAAUGCCACCGGUCCCGAGGUAUCUUAACAUUCUUGCUGAAGGUUCAAGGAGUGCAAAAUCCUCUUCCUAUGAACCAACUAAGUGAAUUUGUUGCGAGAAAUAUGUCUUCUAUAAACAUACGGAUAUGAUCCUAUGGUGUAAGCAAAAAUGAUGGCUGCAGUGUAAAGCCCCUUACAAUGAGUAAAUUAAAAUAAAUCAGACGUUGGUGUGUUUGGUGUUCUACUGUGUCACCAGAUCACCUUUAUAA